CAGUUCCAGUUCCAUAGUUGUUGGAGAUUGUUACAGGUUCUAAUAAAAAAAGCAUCAAAUAAAAAGAACACACAGGUUUGAUUUGAAAGAAAAUGGAUGAAACACCAAACAAAAAGAAAAGAAAAGAAAAACAAGAAGAGAGAAUCGGUCUAAUAAACCAGAAGACAAGAAAACGAGGCAAGGAAGGGAAGAAAGGCAUAAUCGCGCAAGUUAGCCUAAUUACAUGAUUCUCCGGUAAUGUGCACACGUCUCAAGUCCGAAACCAAUCUCUUAUAGUAUAUAUUUUUUUUUAUCUUUUAGUAUUUUCUUCUCUGCCCUUCGUCGUCGUCGUCUUCUCUCUCUUAACAACUCUGUCACGCUCUCUCUCUAAAAGUUCCUCACCGAGCCAAAAAAAAAAAGAAAAAGCUCUCGUCUUUCGUCUUUCGUCUUUCGAUUCAGCAUUCCGUUUAAUAUCCUUAUCCAAAUCAAAUAAAAAGGAACCAACGCAUUCUUGUUUUCUUCUGGGUUCCUUAUAGUUUCUAGAGAGAGAAAGAUAAAGUUAGGAUUUUUUUUUAAUCGAGAACAGAUCUCUUGAGCCAAAAAAAAUCAAUUCAUCUGCAAUUGAAUGCGAUCUGCGGGAGUGGGUGAAUCUCUGUUUGAUAAGUGUUAGUUCAAUCAACGAACUUUGGAGGCGAGAUUAGGGUUUUCGUGAAAGGGGGAAUCAAAGAAGAAUGAUUAUCAAACGGAAACUGAAACGAAUGCCGAGUUUGAAACGACGUAGUAAUGAGGAGGAGGAGGCUCCUCGUGGGAAGAAGAAGAGAAAGGUGAGUUACAACUAUUACCCUCUCAGUCUUCUCGGAGAGAUAGGCGCCGGGAUCGUUCCGGGGAAACUCAACGGGAAUAAUGGGUUCUCUGCUUUGUGGUGCAAGGAAGUCUCUUCUCCCGUUGAGCCUGAGUCUAAGUCUAAGAGGAUAGUUAUUGAUCCCGGCCGUGGAAGGGAUCGUACGGCUGGUGUUUCUCGGCCACCGCUUGUGAGGACGUCGAGGGGGAGAGUUCAGGUGCUUCCUUCUCGGUUUAACGACUCGGUUCUCGAGAAUUGGAGGAAAGAUAGUGGCGAUGAAGAGCGAGAGGAAGAGGUUGAAGAAUGCAGGAAGGAGAGAGUCAAACCUAAGUUCAUUCCUAGGAGCCAUAAGUAUAAUACUAGUGCACCCUGUCAUGAUGAUGAGGAUGGGGAUGGAGCGAUAGUGAGGUUUAGUAAUGACAUGAGGAAGCAUAUGAGCAGCUCACGCACUAGUACGCUUGAGGAGGCACGUCCUAAGAAAGAAGGUGUUUAUGGGCCUGAGGAUUUUUACGCUGGUGAUUUGGUUUGGGGUAAAUCUGGGAAGAACGAACCCUUUUGGCCAGCUAUUAUCAUCGAUCCAAUGACGCAGGCCCCGGAGCUUGUUUUGCGGUCUUGUAUACCUGAUGCUGCAUGUGUCAUGUUCUUCGGUCACUCCGGGACAGAGAAUGAAAGGGACUAUGCAUGGGUUAGAAGGGGCAUGAUCUUCCCAUUUGUGGAUUAUGUAGACAGGUUUCAAGAACAGUCUGAGCUGCGUGGAUGCAACCCUGGUGAUUUUCAGAUGGCACUUGAAGAAGCUCUCUUGGCAGACCAAGGAUUCACAGAGAAGUUGAUGCAGGAUAUCCACAUGGCCGCUGGUAACCAGCCGUUUGAUGAUUCUGUAUACGGAUGGAUUCAAGAAGCUGCAGGCUCGAGCCAAUAUCUUGAUCACGUUGCUCCAAGCCAGGACAUGUUGAAGAAAUAUAGAAAUCCAAGAGCAUGUGUAGGAUGCGGAAUGGUUCUCUCUUUUAAGAUGGCAAAGAAAAUGAAAGCUCUGCUUCCCGGAGAUCAGUUAUUGUGUAAACCUUGUUCAAGGUUGACAAAACCAAAACAGGUUUGUGGUAUAUGCACAAAGACAUGGAAUCAUUCUGAUAGUCAGCGCUGGGUGCGUUGUGACGGUUGCAAAAUCUGGAUUCAUGCAGUGUGUGAUCAGAUAUCACAUAAGCAUUUUAAGGACUUGGGGGGAACAGAUUACUAUUGUCCAACAUGCAGAGCAAAAUUUAACUUUGAUCUAUCAGAUUCAGAGAAACAAGACUCAAAAUCCAAACCUGGCAAAAACAGUUCUUCCCCCAUGGUGCUUCCUGACAAGGUUAUUGUUGUAUGCACCGGAGUUGAAGGCAUUUAUUUUCCAAGCCUUCAUUUAGUGGUAUGUAAGUGUGGGUCUUGUGGACCUGAAAGGAAAGCACUUAGUGAAUGGGAAAGGCAUACUGGUUCAAAAGCAAAAAAUUGGAAGACUAGUGUUAAAGUUAAAAGCUCCAAGCUGCCUCUAGAAGAAUGGAUGAUGAAAUUGGCAGAGUUCCACGCAAAUGCUACUGCAGCAAAACCUCCUAAACGACCUUCUAUAAAGCAGAGAAAGCAGAGGUUGCUUUCCUUUCUUAGAGAGAAGUAUGAGCCGGUCAACGUGAAGUGGACAACGGAGCGAUGUGCAGUAUGCAGAUGGGUUGAAGAUUGGGAUUACAACAAGAUCAUUAUCUGCAACAGAUGUCAGAUUGCUGUGCAUCAGGAAUGCUAUGGAACGAGGAACGUUCGUGACUUCACAUCAUGGGUCUGCAAAGCCUGCGAGACACCUGAGAUCAAACGAGAGUGCUGCCUCUGUCCUGUAAAAGGAGGUGCACUGAAGCCAACUGAUGUGGAGACACUGUGGGUUCACGUGACAUGUGCUUGGUUUCAGCCUGAAGUAUGUUUUGCGAGUGAUGAAAAAAUGGAACCAGCGUUGGGGAUUUUGAGUAUUCCAUCAAGUAAUUUUGUGAAGAUUUGUGUGAUAUGCAAGCAAAUACAUGGGUCAUGCACUCAAUGUUGCAAGUGCUCUACUUAUUAUCAUGCCAUGUGUGCUUCCCGAGCUGGCUAUAGAAUGGAGUUGCACUGCUUGGUGAAAAAUGGUCGACAGAUCACAAAGAUGGUGUCGUACUGUGCUUUUCACAGGGAGCCGAAUCCAGAUACUGUGCUAAUAAUACAAACGCCUUCAGGGGUCUUCUCUGCCAAAAAUCUUGCUCAGAACAAGAAGAGUACAGGUUCGAGGCUUAUUUUAGCAAACAGAGAAGAAGUUGAAGAGCCCCCUCCAGAGGAGGCUGUACCAGUUGAUCCAUUUUCUUGUGCUCGUUGUCGAGUUUUUAAAAGAAAGGUUAAUAGCAAGAAGAGGAGUGAAGAAGAAGGUAUUCCUCACCAUACAGGAGGACCACGUCAUCAUCCUUCAGCAGCCAUCCAAACUCUGAAUGCAUUCAGGCAUGUGGCAGAAGAACCCAAAUCAUUUUCCUCGUUCAGGGAACGGCUUCACCACUUGCAGAGGACUGAAAUGGAUCGGGUGUGCUUUGGUCGAUCGGGAAUACAUGGAUGGGGUCUUUUCGCUAGAAGAAAUAUUCAAGAAGGAGAAAUGGUUCUCGAAUACCGCGGGGAGCAAGUGAGAGGAAUCAUUGCAGACUUAAGGGAAGCAAGAUAUCGUAGGGAAGGGAAGGAUUGCUAUCUGUUUAAGAUAAGUGAGGAAGUAGUGGUGGAUGCUACAGAAAAAGGGAAUAUCGCUAGACUAAUAAAUCAUUCGUGUAUGCCAAAUUGCUAUGCAAGGAUAAUGAGCGUAGGAGAUGAUGAAAGUCGGAUUGUACUGAUUGCCAAGGCCACCGUACCUACUGGGGAGGAGUUAACAUAUGAUUAUUUGUUUGAUCCAGAUGAGCCGGAUGAAUUCAAAGUGCCAUGCCUAUGCAAAUCUGCCAACUGCAGGAAAUUCAUGAAUUAGAGAAAACUUUGUUGGAGCUGCUCUUUUACACUUGAGAAGAAGAAGAAGCCAAGAAGCUGACUACUACUGACACAAGAACAUGCUGCACUCCACGCUUGAAUAGGACAAACUCAGGGAGCUUAAAAAGCUGAUGAAAUAGAACCUUUACAGCGACACCGCUUUUUUUCCGAUACUCUAAUAAGGCACUUCUUCAGUUAUCUAUAGAAGCUCCAAGUUUUUUUGUUUUUGUAGGUAGAAAGAAAGACUAGAGAGGUUUGUAGCUUAGUCAUUUCUUAUAUCCCAUUUCUGUAUAGCUAACUCUGCAAGACCUUUUCCUUUUUUAGGUUCUUUUUUUUUUCUUUUUCAGUGACUCAAAUAUCAAAAAGCAACAAAAAAUAGACUUUGAAAGAACCUUUUUUUUUUAUCUAAUGUUUUAUUAUUUUCUUAA